CCAUGGAUCGCAUUUUUAUUUUGCUUGGUCUUAUUGCAGUGGUAAACUCGCAAGACGUGGGCAGUUGUCUCGAUACAAUUAUAUUAAAUAGGCACUGCUGCAACUACGUAACCUCUGAAGAAAAUAAAGUUAUUUUAAGAGAAUGUUUAGAAGCACAUCGUGAAUCACAUUCAUGUGACUUGGAUACGUGUUAUGGACAAAGAAAAGGUUUUCUCAUGUCUAAUGGGACAAUUGAUAUUAUUAAGUUGGAGAAUUCACUCGAAAAGGAUUUCGAAAAUUACACAAAUAUAUACGAUGUUGUUAAAGUUAAGUGCUUGAACGAUGAUUUAGGCGCUUACAGCCAGGAGGAUACUUGCUAUUUAAGAGACAUUGGAAAUUGCAUAGAGUUCCAUAUAUUUGCGAAUUGCCCCCAGUGGACCGAAAGCGACGAGUGUAUGAAUGUUAAAGAUACAGUGGAGGAAUGCACUAAAAUCCUCUCGUAAUUUAACUUUACAGAAUUUGCUAUUUUACCAAUUAUUAACAUUACAAAUCAAUACGCAGCAUAGAUUAUUAUUCACAAAUGGUGGUUGUUUAACAAUAUAUUUUUUAUUUGUUUUGA